UUUUUGAAUUUGUUAACAUAAAUAUUGUUUGUUUAACACAAAAUAAUUGCUCAUGUUCUUUUGCAUUUUUCUAUUAAUUACCCGGAGUUUAUUGGACAUUAAAUAAUAAAGUAACUGAUAAAUAUCGUUUUGUGUACCGCGUUUAUUAAAUUCGUCGGCUAGCAAUAAUACAUGACUGGUCGAGUACAUUGUAAUUAUUAUUGUUAUUGUAUUACAAGUAACAAAUUAUAGAGCACACAAACGGUAACAAAUAUGUCAUCGCCAGAUACCAGCGAGGAAAAAAUCGUUCCAUUCCUGGACCAUAAUGUGGUUGACUCUUCCGUCAUCGAUUUACACGAACAGUUUGUCAGUUCCCUUAGUAACUUGGAAGACAAUGUUGCAAGCGUUCAGCCAGCAUCACAACUUGACUUGUCACAUAAUCCCAAGUCGUUCAACGAUGUCUUAGUUUCGUUGCAGAGUCUCGUAUUGAACCAAAACAAGAGUAAUAACGAAACCGAAGACAAUCCACCACCAAUUUUACAAGAGUUAGAUAAACUGAGUUUGUCGUCGUAUUCUCUCAGUUAUUACAUUAGCCACUGUUUGCCUAAUGAACAAACGGUGUCAGUUUUGUCACCGGUAAACAAAUCGACUACCAUUUGGCUGUCUGAAUUAUUCAAGUUUCCGAAUUGUGGAGUGUUUUAUACUGAAAACAUGGUUUUAUGUUACGAGAAGGUGAUAUUUUUAGCAAUGAACCGUGUAUUUGGGCCAGACUAUUUCAACCCAAAUGCCAGUCCAGUGAUUUAUUGUACACCAGACCCAGUGUUGAUAAGUACUAUUAAGAGAGCUGUAUCACAAAUGGGAAUUAAUGAAAAAAACAUACAAAUAAUUCCUAAUGUAUCAAAUCCAUUAUUUCCCUACAAAGCAAAUUUAGAACUACUCGAAAAAAUCAUUAUGAAUGAUACCGAAAGCAAUAAGAAACCACUUAUAGUUUUUGGCAGAGCAGGAGCUCACGUCACUGGUCAAAUGGACGAUAUAGUUGGACUGAAAGAACUAUGCAAUAAAUACAAUAUAUGGUUACAUUUGUCUGGCGAUAAUUUAUCUGUACUCGCAUUGAAAUCCUCAAAUACUCAAGAAACUUCUUUGGCUGAUAGUAUAACAUUAACUCCAAGCAUUUGGCUAAAUAUUACUGCAUUGCCUGUAGUUACAUUAUUCAACAAGCAAUAUGGUGGUACUGACGUCUUGAACGUUUAUAAAAGCAAAAGUUUACCAAUUUGGACUUGUUUUCAAGCAUUGGGGCAAGACGCACUGGUUCUUAGGAUACAACAAAAGUUUGAAAUCUGUCAUCGUAUUUACAAUUUAGUCAGCCGAUAUGACUGCUUACGAAUUUUGUGUGAAACCCAAGGACACACGAGUGAAUCAAACGAGGAAACCGUUUCUGAUAUUAUUGCAAAGAAAGAAAACAUUUCAGACUUGUUACAUAGUUUAUCGUCUUGUCUCAUCAUUCAGUUUGUACCGAAAGAUUGUACUAUUAGAGUCUCACCUUAUUACGACAAACUCAAUUCCUGGUUAGGACAAGUUUUAGAACGAGAAAUACCCGAAGCGCCAUUAGAGCUUUGUGAAAUAGAAACGUUGGGCGUUGUUGUUUCAUUCUCACCGUUUACAAUAUUGAACUCUUUAAUAACCGAAGACGAUUGGGAAACGUUUUCUAUAUGUUUAGAUCAACAUGUUGAAAUUUUGCAAGCAACAGUUGAACAUAAAAAUAAGCUCAUGAACCUAAUAUCCGAAUUACCGUCACUCGAGUACGUGGAGGUAGACGAUUGGGCAGGUCUGGGGGCCGUACGAUACAUACCCCAACAGUGGCAAACAUCUGACCAACAGUUGGCUACUGAUCAGGCGAAACAAGACUUGAAUAGAUUAAACGUACGCAUUGUCCAACAACUCCGAUCAAUCGAUGCUGCAUUUUCACUUGGAGAAGGAAGUGAUGGUUUAGCUUGUGUGCGAUUUGGUAUGGUCACAGCAGACACUGACGUUGCAGAACUAUUAUCCUUGGUGCAAAGUACGGGGCACAAAGAGGAGGAGUCGACUAAAUACAUAGAUUCUAUGGCCGAAUUAGUAAAAAAAGGCAUUGAAACGGCCACAGUUGACUUGAAAAAAGAGAGUGACGAAAAAAUAUGGCAAGAAGGAAUUCUUAGACAUGUGCCGGUAUUCGGUAACUUGGUCAACUGGUGGUCUCCGCCGGCCAAAAACGCUGUGCGAGGCCGUUGGUUAGAUUUGGAAGCCGGUGUCGUAAGAUCUACAGAGGUAAUAUAUGAGAAAAAGGCACAAUUGGAAGACUCCGACAAUAGCCAAGAAGUCCCACCUAAUGUUCCCACGUCUGAAUGAGGAAACUCACUAUAAACUAAAAAACUUACGCAUCAUAUCUACAAAACAAUAUUUAUUAUAUUUCAUCAGUUUUAUAGUUACCAAAAAAAAAAAUAUUUAUUUGAAUGGUUUUAUAUAAAAAAAAAAUAUAAUAUAUUAAUGAUAGUAUUUUAAUGAAAUGUCAAUAAUUUCUAGUUAGUGAGAAUAAAAAUAUUUGUAAUU